AUGGUAUCUGAUAUGUUCUUUAUACAACACGGUGUUUGCAGUGACGGAGUACCUGCGCUAUGGCUGAGUGAGGAUCUGCUGCACGGCAGCAGUGACAACACAGAGACGUUCAACAACGCAAUCCUCAGCUCAUCUAAAGACUUUCAAUGUAUGGGCCUAGAAGUCUGGGGGUUCGCCUAAGUAUGCCAUUAUUUAUGACUUAUUUAUGUAUAUGUAUGCAUGUAUAUAUAUAUAUAUAUAUGUGUGUGCGUAUGUAUAUAUAUAUAUAUAUAUAUAUAAUAUGUAUAUGUAUUAUAUAUAUAUAUAUAUAGCAGGCUGGUUCGUUUAGGUGGGUAUGUAAAGGUACCAAACAUCACGCAUCUGAGCUACUCAAAGCAGCAGGUCGAUGUGUGUGGGGGGGGGGGGUUGGCUAUGCAAUCCAUGCGAUAUACGCACGGGUGUAAGUAUCCCGCCAGCACCAAAUCAAACGAUCCGAGAAAUAUAACUCGCAUCAUUCCAGACCCAUUCACCUCUGUCUAUGCCGAGAGAGUCAUCUCGCUUAGCAGGUGCUGGGUCUACUGUCGGGUGCUAUGAGUGCUUAAGUACUGAUAGGCCCACCAAUCCAUCAAUCAAGCCUACACCCAGAUUGAUAGGUUUAAAUUUGUCAAAGUGAUGUCAGUCCUGGUAUUGGGACACUAAGUGUGGGCGAAGUGCCCGAUAGAUCAGCAAAGUUAUACCAUACCACUGGCACUACCCGAUGUCUAGGCUAUACGCGAGACUGGUAGGUAGGAAUGACAAAAUAAUAGGUGUGGGGGGGGGGUCUGCAAUAGGGCCAUGGGUAUGCGUCUCAAUUAUAAUUCUGCCAUGGUUUAAAGGUACGGGAUCACCGCACCACUCUGUGUUUGUAUAGGUGCUCAACGGUACCCGGUACUAAAGGUUGAGUGAUGAGUCAUUGGGGUCUAGUUGGCCUGGACCAGAGUAUCGAUGUGUAUACAAACGCUAAGGUAGCGAGUGCCGUUUAAACUCCCGCAUAUCGCGUCUAACGCCUACGCAUUUUUCUGGUCCAUGUAAAUGCCGAGGUCUGUUUUCGGUAUGCGUUGAUUGGCUUCGUAUGGGGUUGACUGUCCCAAUUGUCUCCUUAUGGGUUUGAAAGACCCGGGAAAUGCAUAGAUUCGGACGGCCAUUUUGAUUAGACUAUCGCUGGACAAACUGCGUUUCUAUUGGUCAAAAGUCGCGUUUGGAGUAUUGCGUAUCUCUUUGGUGGGGGGGAUCCACACUGCACCGGGAGGAGCAAGGGCGUUGAGAAAGUGAGCAUGUGGCCCGGGGCAAAUGAUUCGGACUUUGGGAGAAUGCCAGGACAGUCGGGUUAGAUCAACCCACCGGAACAUUCGUAAAUCGUGCAUGUAUGUGCAAUGUGCAAGACAUGCUUCUUGCAAGUACACAGUCUCCCUUAUACUUACACUGAUCGUAACAUAAAGCAAUAUAUGCUCGUAUGUGCACAAGCAUACAUACCCAUCUCGGAGAGCGACAUAUGGUGAUAUUCAGAGGAUUCACCUCCCAGAAGAUGAAGUUUAAAACAUCAAUCACGUCAGUGUCAUUGACAUCUAAACCGCACGAUACGGUUCGAAACAUAUACCGGAAAGCAGCACAUCAAUAAAAUUAGAUAUUCCCGU